AUGACAACGAAAUCAGCACCGGGUCGAAUUGUGACGGUUUCUUCAUUAGGACAUAUAUUUGCAUCAAUAGACCCAAAUAAUCUAAAUAAACCUAGAGCUAUAGACUUCCAAAAUUAUGUAAAUUCUAAAUUAUGUAACAUCUUAAUGAGUAAUGAAUUAGCACGAAAAUUAGAGGGAACAAAUGUGACAUCAAACUGUUUACAUCCGGGUGCAAUACGAACGUCAAUAUUUAGACGCUGGGAAUGGUACCAAUGGCUUUCAAUGUCGUUUCUAUAUUGGUUUAUCUUUAAGAAUGCUAAAGAAGGUGCUGAAACCACAAUCCAUUGUGCAGUAUGUGAAAAAGUAGAUGGAGUUUCAGGAAAAUAUUUUCAAGAUUGUAAAGAAUAUUGGACAUUACCAAUUGCUCGUGAUAAAAAAUUAGAAACGUGUUUUCCUCAACUUGCGGUUUUACAAAACGAUUCCCACGAUUCUGAAAACACUUUUUCACCUGUCGGAUUUAAUAUUUGUACAACUCGUUGA